CACUGUUUCCGCGGGUUGAGACGACCCCAAUAACGUGAUAUUUAGACCUUGGAAUGCGAAUUUUACAAAGGACACUCGCCAAAAACGUGUAUUUUCCUCCCAGAGUAACAACUGGGCAGGUUUUAUUGUAAAAACCUGGCAACCCUGGCAGCCCUGCAGUGUCAGUGAUUUUAGAAAAGCGCUCGAGGACGAGACGGCCCACCGAUACGCCACUACCACCAUCGGAAUCCACAAGACACCUUCCGACUGGCCGGUCGAGGAGCAAACUGUCGAGUCGACGAGAACACGCGAAACCGUAUGGGAUUCGUGAUGCACGCCGAACUCUCGCUCGGUCGCGCGCAUCUGCCGCUGUAGCAUCGGGCUCGCGCGGGAUAGCAGUCUGUGCCGAGACUGUUGGAUGUGAAAUCCGAAUAGACAAGCUGAAGUAUCUCGUCUGCGCGUCCAGUCUGAGCGCGUAUGCAUAAUAUUUAGCGGUCGGAGCGGAGCGUCAUUGCCUGGGUGGAGUUGCAGUGCAUCGCUCAAUUAUGCGUGAAGAAUCGGCUAGCGCACUAGCAUCGCGAGCUAAGCACUGUCCCGUAUUAUGACAGUGAUCUGCAUGCCUACAGCGUUUGAUCACGCGCGGCAGUCGAGCGCAUUUGACUUUGAUGCUGGUGCUGGACACGAUCUCCGGUAGAAAUCCACUUUUGCCCGUUAUUUCAUUGACAUGGCAAACGGUUAGCCCGUGCAGGCCUAGCUAGCCCCUGUGUUAGCUAGAAGAAACCGCUUCACCGGAUUAGACAGCAUGCAAACCAUAACGGUUUGUUUUUAGCUAGAGGGGCCAGUGAGCGUAUAAUACAGUAUGAACUAGAUGCGGAGCGAGUAGAUGGCGGACAACCAGCUGCUAGUUAAUAACCGGCUGCCAGGUUACUGCCAACUUGACAUAACAAGUUUUAAUAUCUGAAAAAGUGGCAGGCGUGCGCAUUUCACAAUGCAUUUUCUCAAGGCAUAUUCAGGCUGUGUCACUGAAGCAAACGCUUGGAUAAUAGAGGCACUGCCUCCGGCUAGCUAGCUCUCCGUGAUUUGCGAAGGGAACAUGCCAGAUCUUGAGUUGCUCUAAAUAAGCAGCCAGGGUUUGCAUUCGUUUAGCCUCGGCUGGCAAUUGUAGCUAGAUUAUCGCUGGGAAGAGGGGAUGCCCUAAACACUCCAAACAUGUCCAGCAAAGCUUCGGGUAAAGAGAAGAAGUCCGGCUUCAGCAAGAAGCUCUUCCGCCGGGGCUCGGUGCGCUCCGUGGGGAGUUUCAUGAACAGAUUUCUGAAGACCCUCUCCACGCUCUCUCAUUUCGGCUCGGAGCUGCACGCGCCCGAGGGCGACAAGGACGAUGGGGGGUUCACAGCCUUAAAGAACGAAGGCAAGGGGUCCGUCGCGUCGGACGACAGCGACUGCGGGGGGUUUCUUCCCGGGGACAAAAUCCCCGGAGUGGCCGGUUUGAAAAACCACGGCAAUACGUGUUUCAUGAACGCUAUUCUGCAGUGCCUGAGCAACACGGAGCUGUUCGCGGAGUAUUUGGCGCUGGAGCAGUACCGAGGUGACCAGACGGACGACGAGAAACCCAAGACGAACGGGGUCGUGCAGAGAAAGGGCAGUCAGGACGGAGGAGAGGUGACAGAGCAGCUGUCGGGACUGGUCCGAGCCCUGUGGACCUUUGAGUACACGCCGCAGCACAGCCGAGACUUCAAAAAUGCUGUGGCUAAGAGUGCCCUGCAGUACCGAGGAAAUGCCCAACAUGAUGCUCAGGAGUUCCUUCUCUGGCUGCUCGACCGUGUCCAUGAAGACCUCAAUCAUCUUGUACACCCUAACAUCAGAGGCUCUAUAAAGCCUCCUAUUGAGGAAGACGAUGGAGCGUUAGAGGGUCCUUCACCACCUCUAUCAGCUGGCUCGUUUGUCCAAGAGCUGUUUCAAGCUCAGUACAGAUCCUCACUUACCUGUCCGCACUGUCAGAAACAGAGCAACACUUUUGAUCCUUUUCUUUGCAUCUCCCUCCCAAUUCCAUUACCUCACACACGGCCUCUGUAUGUGACCGUGGUUUAUCAAGGCAAGUACUCUCACUGCAUGAGGAUUGGUGUGGCCGUACCACUCAACAGCACUGUGUCCAGACUGAGAGAGGCCGUGUCACGUGAGACCAAGAUCCCACCAGACCAGUUUGUCCUGACUGAAAUGUAUUACGACGGUUUCCACCGCUCCUUUUGUGACGAUGACGACGAUCUUGAUAUCAUUCAAGAAAGUGACUCAAUCUUUGCUUUUGAAACUCCUGAGACUUUUAGAUUAGAAAACAUUCGCUCUAAAAGAGGGAGCCUCCUUGCUAAUCUGAAUCAGAACAAUGUGAAAUACGGAGUGGAGAGCAGCCGAACACCGUCUUUCAUGCAGGGAGCAAUGAAUCCAGUAUCUCCUAACAAAAACACUGGAUGUGAGAAAAUGAUUCUGCUGAUUUGUAACAGAGCCUGCACUGGCCAUCAAGGGCGGAGGUUCGGUCUUCCAUUUGUACUAUAUCUAGAGCGCACUGUGACAUGGGAUGUGUUACAGAAAGAAAUUCUAGAGAAAAUGCGUCACCUGCUAAGGCCAGGGGUUUACAUUCAGGUUGGACCCUUUAGUCUGCGUGUGGUUGGAGUGGUUGGGAUCACAUAUCUGUUGCCACAGGAGGAGCAGCCACUAUGUCACCCCACUGUGGAAAGAGCAUAUAAAUCCUGUGGGCCAGGAGGACCUCCUCAUGUUAAGAUUGUAGUGGAGUGGGACAAAGAGACCAAGGAAUACUUGUUUGGACACACUGAGGAAGAGUACAUCCCUGACGCUGAGAGUGUGUAUCUGCACAGAGAGCAGCACCAUCAGCCGCAGGCCUGCACCCUCGCUCAGUGCUUCCAGCUCUACACCAAAGAGGAGCAGUUGGCCCCAGAUGAUGCCUGGCGCUGCCCCCAUUGCAGGCAACUGCAACAAGGGCGGAUCAAACUCAGCCUGUGGACCCUGCCGGAUGUUCUCAUACUGCACCUCAAGAGGUUUAGACAGGAAGGAGACAGGAGGGUUAAGAUGCAAAACAUGGUGCGAUUUCCUUUGAUUGGCAUGGAUAUGGCUCCUCAUGUGGUGAAGAGAAGCCAGAGCAGCUGGAGCUUACCCUCCCACUGGUCACCAUGGAGAAGACCUUACGGGCUUGGCCGUAACCCAGACGACUACCUUUAUGACCUCUAUGCUGUGUGUAACCAUCAUGGCAACAUGCACAGAGGGCAUUACACAGCAUACUGUAAGAACUCCAUUGAUGGGCAGUGGUAUUGCUUUGAUGACAGUGAGGUUCAGCCUGUAGCUGACGAGGAUGUCUGUCAGCAAACUGCAUACAUUCUGUUCUAUCAAAGGAGGACAACUAUUCCCUCGUGGUCGGCAAACAGCUCUGUUGCAGGCUCAACCAGCUCAUCUUUAUGUGAACACUGGGUUAACCGGCUUCAGGGCAGCAGGCCGCCCAGCCUGGCCUCUGGAGCCUCCUCAAGACGCACAUCCCUGAUCUCUUUGGCAGAGUCAGUGGAGUUUCCCGGUGAUCGCAGUGAAGACGAUGCCUUAGCGCUUACUAACACAGGAUCUCCCGCCUUGCUCAGAGGAUUUUCAACGCGACCCUUCGUGAGAAGCAUUCAGCGGCAGAGCUUGUCCUCCAGAUCGUCGGUUACCAGCCCUCUGGCUUUCAGUGAAAAUGGGAUGAAACCUUCCUGGUCCCUGUCACAGAAACUACAAAUGCGAUCCAACUCGCCCUCGCGAUUCUCUUUGGACUCGCGCUCCUCCCCUCCUCUCGAGAGAAUAGGAGAAACUUGUGACGACAAAGUGUCCACGUCUUGCUUCGGCAGCUACAGCAGACAUGAGCGUCAGUCCAGCAGUAAGGCCCCGCUGGCCAUGAUGGAGGGUAACGGUAGUGAUGACGGCAGUGGGAAACGGAUCCUAGACGAGGCCUAUUGCAGAGCUCCGACGCAGUCUGACAGGAAGAGCUCUAAAGGUGAGCCCGUCGACAACAACAACCAAAUUAAUGCUGUGGACCAGAAUGCUCUUGGAGCACUCUCCAAAGAGCAGAAGCGUAAGAGCUCCAUGUCGGAGAAGAAAGCAGAAGGAUCCGCCAGCAAGAAGAGCUCCACCAAGACCAAGGGGGACCAAGAGAAGCCCUCGAAGAAGCGCCAGAGCACCUCUUCUGUAACCAAGUCUCCAUCCUCCCAAGUGUCUUCCAGCCCUCAAGUGAAGGGCAGCAAAGCGACCAAUCUAAAAGAGAAGAGCAAUUCUCCCAAGAGUACUAAGGGUACCCCUUCAGGAACGCCCUCCAAAAGGAAAGAGUCUUUGCAGGCACAGGAGUCUCCAGUGUCUGGAGGCACAAAGGGGAAACCAUCCCUUACUUCCACACCCCAAUCCUCUGCCUCUCCCUCGCCCACAUCCAAAAAGAGCUCCUCUGUGGCUGAGAGGAACUCUGUGUCUGGCAAGAAGAAGCUGGUGGAAAGAGGCUCCAGCAAGGACUUGGCGCACACCAGUCCCCUGGCAGAGAAGUCUAGAGUCAGUGCCACUUCGCAAACAUCCCAACCUAAAACUGCCGAGGCAAGGAGGCCAGUGAGAAGCUCUAGUAGUAGUUCCUCAAUCACCAGCCUGCGCUCCCCAAGCAUUUCCUCGAGAGACCUCCGCCGCAGCAGCAAAUCCGAGGACAAGGGACUCUCGUUUUUCAAGAGCGCGCUUCGGCAGAAAGAGACUCGUCGGUCGGCCGAUCUAGGCAAGACCACGAUUCUCGCCAAGAAGGCUGUCGAGAGGACUGCCAAGUCCAGCAGCCAGUGGAAACUCGAUGCUGACGAGGGCGAAGGCUCUGGAAACUCUUCCCUGCAGGUCUCACCGGAGCCGCGCUCCUGCAGGGCUGCCACUGAUGAGAAAGAGUCCUCGAAGACCUCCACCCCUAACAAACGCUCUCUCUUACCAGUAGGCAAGUCCAAGUCUUCCAAUUCUGAGGCUAGUCUUCAGUCUCCCAUCAAUGGGAAGAGACCUCUUGAAAAGAUCUCAUCCUCUAAAAAGCUUUCUUCCAGCAUGCAAUCCUCUGCACGGGCAACACAGACGCCUCAAUGAAAUUUUAAUAGCAUUUCCAUUAUUUUCUGUAAUGCAGCUAUUUUUUGAUGUGCCUAAGAAGAAUAUAAAGUAUAUAGUAUAUACCUGUAUUUUACUUUUCUCAAAGAAAAUAUGUAAAUUAUCAGAAAGCGCCUUUCUCUCCUGCCAUGGAGCCAAAUCGUUGCCUCUGGCAAGGUAUGGUAUAUGAAUCUACUACUGUUCACAACUCUAAAUAGGAAUGUUUUAACUUAGCACUUUGUAAAUAUUUUUUCUCCCUCGAAUAAGGCUUAGAUGUAAUGGAUAUGUACAAUACUUUUUAACUUGGUACUGUUCCUUUUUAUUUGGACAAGUCACUUAUGAUGAAAUUAGAUUCUUGCGAUAUUCCUCGGAGUACUGUACCAAUUCACUCCAUAUCUACACUUGGUGCUAUUUACAGUCCAGUGUUGCCCUGGCACUGAUACAGUAUAAAGAUUGAGAAGAGUUACAUCACGAAACCUGACUGAAUUUGCGACUGUAGAUUUAAUGGGGUUUUGCAGAGAACAAUCUCUUUGGUACUUCUCGAAGCCUGCUCUCCUACCCCAACUUUUUUUCUUUUCUACUCCAGAGCAGUUACAAGUGUCCCAGUAGCAUAACUGCCCUCAGAAAUGUGCGCAACAAUGACACUGCAGGCCGAUAGCUGAAUUGUUGCUGUAUGAAUGGGAUCUUUCAAAUGGUAUAUUAGUGGAGGACAAUCUUUAAACUCACUCUAUUUAGUUUAUUCCAGCAAAACGCUGUGUGAUCUCCUUAUCUGGAUAUUAAUGGAGGCAGUGUAAGCCCUGCAUGAAUUUGUUUUGUAUAUCUUUGUUUUUAUAAUGAAAGUUUGAUAGCCACAUAAUCAUACUUGAACCAUUUCAUGCCCGCCAAAUUCAAUGCCAACAUAUAUGAACUGUUUUCGUUUGGCUUGCUUCGAUCUGGGGAUGAACCCUUGUGCGUUUUUAUCUCCCAUAUUUAUCUGUGGACAACCAGUGCAAUAGUUUUUAACACUUUAGGAGAACAGAUAUGGCCUUCUGUAUUUGGGAAACAUGCUGAACUUAAUGUUGCCAUUUCGGAAACAAAUUAUUUUAAAUACCAAUACUGUACAUAUGCAAUAGUGGUAAAAAACAACAACAACAAAAAACCUACAGUAUAUAUAUAGGUUUUUUUUUUUGGCUAAGAGUUUUUGAUUUAAUAUCCAAUUGAAAUUGUUCUGCAGAAAGGCCUUUGUUUGUUUUGCAUGCUUGUCAACCCCAUGGAGUUCACCUAAAUAUAUUUUCAUUCAUUCUCGAUUUCGCUUAGACAAGUUCAUUUGGACUGAGUCAAAAUGUUAUGUACGACAGGAGAAGUGUAGGGUUAAGCAAGUCAUUAUUGUUACAUUUGCAUAACAGUGUCAUUAUGUUGGCCGCUGUUCAGCUUGCUGCCCUGUAAUUAAAACGUUAAUCCAAACGCCGCUGAUGCCACUGUUGAACCGUUCUCAUUUUCAUGCUGCUUUUCGGUCUGAGAAAACCCUCUUUUUCAGCACACUUUAUCUUAAAAUAGAUACUUUAGCAAUGAACCUAAUGUGUAGCACACUACUUUUUGUUUGUUUGUUUGUUUGUUUGCGACAGACCCAUAUUGUGUGUGCACUGAAAAAGUAUUUGUAAAAAAGCAGUGUUGCAUGAUAAUAUUAAUGCAUGCACUUAACUAUGCAAGUGACUGUUGCUAAACAAGAGUCUUGUUGUUAAUGUCUGAAUUUAUUUUUUGUUUUAUUUGAAAGAAAACGGAGCAUGAAUUGUUUGCAUUUUAUUGCUUUUUUUGCACACUUUUCCAACUUAAAUUUUUUUGAACAUUGUGAUAUGAAAACAUAAAUUAUUAGCUUUAAUCAUAUGUAUUCCAAAAUGAGCAAUUGGCAUUGUAUUUUCAUGCUAUUUUCCUUUUAUAAACUAUCUUUUUAUUAAAACUAUUAUUUUAAUUCAUAAGCUGUUCUUUAGGGUAAGACCUCCCUGUUUCCAUGUGAUGAAUUUAGUUUUUAUAUUUUUAUAGUCACAGCCUGUUUUGGUUUUUCACAUUUCGCUGGCGUGAUGUGGUCUGGUCAUGCUUUCACAUGUAGUAUGUAGGGAAUGUCGUAUCUUAUAUCAGCUAUGUAACUUUACCGUCAGCAUUCAAUCAGUGCACACAAUUCCUGCAUCGCUUGCAAUGCUGAAACACUGAACACUACAUUCACUUUGUCACACUUUCACGUCAUUCCAUGUUUUAGGAUGUGAAGUUCUUGGACCGUGAAUUCAGAGAAUAUCUUUCUGCCAGAUGCAAUUACCCUCUCUUAGUCUUAUUGCAUAUGGGAUGCUUUCAGUGGCUCAAUGGCUAAUAUGACAUGGUCUUAUCAAGUGUUUGGAUAGGACAGAUGAUCUUAUCAUUAUAUUGAAGCUGUAUCAGUCUCAUGGUAUAAUAUGCGUGCGUGGUUUACACACUGGACUUGAAUGAUUUCUCACGACCCAGAGCAGUUUUCAUGUAUUGUUCAUGAACUGGUACCUGCUUUGGUGGGAUUAUAACUGGGCUGUCAUUUUAAUGUAUGACCAUAAGUCAAGGUCACCCAAAAGAGGAAAAUGAUAUUUAGUUAGAAAAAGCGAAAACCAUGUAAAUGUUUGGUUGCAUGAGACUGUGUCAAAUGCUUUUUGUUAAUUUAUUUGUAUGUUUUGUGUAUGCACUUUUUUUCCAAAUGUUUGUUUUUUAUUAUUUUAAAGAAUGCAUUUCUUUGAAAAAUCAUUUGUAUUCAUAACAUUGUCUCCCUAAUGUAAGUUGGCGGUUGAAUUAUGAUUAAAAAAUAGACUUGAAUUAGAGGUCUAACCUCAAA